AUGAGCCUUGUGGGCCGGAGCAAUUUUUUGCUUCGCCUGCCCCUCACGCGCGGCCACCACCACGCCCUUCUACGGAUGCCGUUCCGCUGCACCGUUGGGGCAUCGAUGGUGGUUCCUGCCAUAGCGACGGGGGCGCGCUCCUUUGCGCGCGUCUCCCCUGUUCAGGGGACGAUUGAGUCCCCCAAAGGCGGCUUCGUGACGGACGACGUGAAGAUUGACAUGAACGCCAAUAUCGGUGGUGCCUACGCGCGUGGGGUGUUUGCGCGCCGUGAGAUAGGGUACGGACGCGAGAUCAUGAACCUCCCUGCCUACGCCAUGUACAUUGGCGAGAACGAACAACAAAGCCUUCGCGAGCAGGUGUUGAUCCUCACAAAGGAGGUGUUUAAAAAGCUUGUGCUUGGGUCCCCAGAAGAGAAGCUGUACAUCAAACACCGGAUCAUGACACUUAUGUCCGGCGGUUUCUCAUAUUUUACGCGAGAGAAGGAUGUCUUUGAGUUCGUGGAAGACGUGCGGGCCCCGGGUCCGGAGGGUGUUCUUAAGAAUGGGGCCAAUUAUCUCCUUAGCGGCGAGUUCUCCUCCUAUGACUUGCAAAAACUUCCACUCAUCAUUGAGUUUAAUCGCUACGACGUUGAAUACAACGGGAGACGCGGCAUCUGCCUCUUCCCGGAGGCGCAGUACUUCAACCACCAGUGUGAGCCUAACGUGGAGGUGACGAUUACGUACAAUAGUUUGAAGGGUCGGUUCUUCCUGAGUGCGCGAACGGUGCGCCCGGUGCGGGAGGGAGAGGAGCUGUUUGUCAACUACAUGCCUGGAAACACCCUGCCCUUGUCGCGGCUGGCGUUGGCGAUGAAGAAGCGAUGGGGCUUUGAGUGCACCUGCGUGCGCUGCAAGAGCCGUGGCAUUGGUGCCGUGACAAUGCUCUUUGUCGUCGUGCUGCUGCCCAUGAUGGCGUACCUGCGCUCCAUCAAUGUUCGCCGCGCUCAGGAGAAGCAGCGCGGUGUCUGA